CCCACUCCAAAAAGACACACAAGAAUCACAACAGACACUCUCUCUCCCUCUCUUUCUCUGGUUCUCUUUACAUUUCCAGAAGAGAAAGGAGGAAGAACGCAAAAUCAAAAUUCAAAACCCUCGAGAUUUCACCCCCAGCCCUCACUCUUUCUCUAUGACCACGCCAACCCAUUUCUUUUUGUAAUACACUCUGUUCUCCAAGAGCUCAGAAAUCCAAUAAAUCAGCGAUCUCGAGACACAAAGUUCGGUUUUUUAUUUGUCCCAUUCCCCUUUCCGUUGAUGGCGGUUUCCGUUUCAGUUUUCACUCUGAGGGGGCAUUAAGUUCCGUUGACUUCCCAGUAGGGUUUUUUAUUUAUUCAAUGGCCUGGGAGAUUUAAUCGAGGAGGCGAUGAGUUGAAGAAACGAGAGAGUGAAGGUCGGUGAAACUCGGAAGAUGGUGUUGUUGUUCAAAUCGAGGAUAAAAUGGAUAGUUCUAUUGGUCUUGAUGCUAUCGACUGGAUCCCUAGUCGUUCACCUCUCUAUUACCAAGUUCUCCGCCACUAAUUUGAUUCAGUACACUGCUGUCCCUGCUCUCAGCUUCGACUUGCCUUCCACUUCCCCUGGAUCAAAGAGAGUUAUACCGGCUAGAAACAAGAAAUUAUGGGGUCCUGUUAAGGCCUUGGAGUCCUUGCAGCCUUAUGCUAACCCGAGAACGACUUACCCUGUCCCAAGUGAGAAGAGCAAUGGUUAUAUAUAUGCAAAGGUUUAUGGUGGCUUUUCAAAGAUAAGAUCUUCGAUAUGUGAUCUUGUCACCAUAUCCAGGCUUCUAAAUGCUACUCUUGUCAUUCCAGAGAUUCAAGAUAGUCUCCGCUCUAAAGGCAUUAGUUCCAAAUUCAAGAGCUUUUCUUAUCUCUACGAUGAGGACCAAUUCAUAGCUUCACUUAAAAAUGACGUGAGAAUCGUGAAGACAUUGCCUGAGAAUUUGAAGGCAGCCAGAAAGAGAAAUGAGUUUCCUAUCUUUAAGCCCAAAAGUUCUGCUACUCCAAGUUUCUAUAUCAAAGAAAUUUUGCCCAAAUUGAAGAAAUCGAAGGUUGUUGGUCUGAUUCUUGCUGAUGGAGGCUGUGUGCAGGUAGUUACACUUCUUGCCAUUCAGUUGUUUAGAGAGCAUGAACCUUUUUGUCAGGCCAUCUGCUACCUACGAUUCUAGUACUGAGAUUGAUUGGCCUGUUUUCCUUUAUACCAAUUUUCCUGGUUGUGUAAUUCACGAAUCGUUUAGUUACACUUUGGUAAUGCUUGCAUGCUUGCUUAGUGGUAACACUAGAGGCCGGUUACUGUCAAGGUGACGUCUUGAAAGAUUUGAAGCUUAUUACAGUUUGAUUAAAUUUGCAAUGGGGGGAAAAUGGAUUGCCCUUUGUAUCUGUGCUGAUUUGUCCUUUGCAAUUGAUCUUUGUUCAGUCAGUUCUUCCUCCCAGUAUGGCCGAGUUCCAGCGACUGAGAUGUAGAGUUGCCUUUCAUGCUCUUCAAUUCCGCCAAGAACUCAAAGUUCUUGGACGUCGUAUUGUUGAGAGAUUGCAAGGAUGGGAUCAGCCUUACAUCGCAUAUCAUCCUGGCUUAAUGAGGGAUACCCUGGCCUAUAAUGGUUGUGCAGAACUUUUCCAGGACGUGCACACUGAACUUAUACAAUAUCGAAGGGCACAGAUGAUCAAGAGAGGGGUGCUUGCUGACAAGCUAAGUGUUGACUCUCACAUACGGAGAGACAAUGGCUCAUGCCCACUCAUGCCUGAAGAGGUUGGACUUCUCCUUCGAGCAAUGGGAUAUCGUGCUAAUACAAUUAUUUAUAUGGCUGGUUCUGAAACUUUUGGUGGCCAACGUCUGUUGAUCCCUCUGCGUGCAAUGUUUGCAAACUUGGUGGACUACACUUCAUUUUGCAGCAAGCAAGAGUUGACGGAUUUGAUUGGUCCUGAACCUCUAUUGCCUCCAAAUCCUUUUAAACUGCCUCCUGGUAAGAGUGAUGAACAGCUUAAAGAAGAGUGGAAAAGAGCUGGUCCUAGACCUCGGCCUUUGCCUCCACCUCCAGUGAGGCCGAUCUAUCAGCAUGAAAAGGAAGGUUGGUAUGGCUGGAUAACCGAAACAGAUACUGAACCAGAUCCUUUACCGGCGGAUCUUAGGAUGCAUGCCCACAAGCUGCUAUGGGAUGCUCUUGAUUACAUUGUAUCUUUGGAAGCUGAUGUUUUCUUCCCUGGUUUCAACAAUGAUGGAAGUGGAUGGCCUGAUUUCUCAAGCCUUGUCAUGGGGCAGCGGCUUUACGAGAGGGCUUCCUCCAGAACAUUUCGACCAGAUAGGAAAACUAUCCAGGAAUAUUUCAAAUCCAUUCGAGACGAUAUGUACCAUCCUAAGUUCAACUGGACGAUUUCAAUGAGGGAACAUCUUAACAACAGCUUUGGUGAAGAUGGGUUUGCCUGGCAGUCUCUUAAGUCGAAACCCGCCUCAUUCCUUUCCCAUCCAUUCCCAGAAUGCUCUUGUAGAAUGCCCCCUUCAGCUGCUGUUGCUGAGGUCCCAACCAUAUUGAUAAAAGACGAGGACGAGUGUCCGAAAUGGAUGAUGCAGAACAACAAUCAAGAUGAAUCUUCUGAGAGUAUAGUAGGAGCGGCUUCCAAUGAAGAUACCGAGUCAGAGUAUGAAAAUGAGACGAAGGAAGCACAAGAGGACUCAGAUGCUAGUAGUAAGAGUAGUCUAACUCUAGCUAUUAACCAAGAUGAUGAAUGGGAUCCUAAUGACUAGAAGGCGGAGACAGCAGAAAACUACGUUCUUUGAUUUGUUUUGAAGGUGAUGGUGGUCAGUACUCGGUGGUCACUUUCCGGCGGCAGAAUCCCUUCUGGAAUGGGAAUUUUGAGGACAUACAGAGAGCUAUUAGCUAUAUAUACACGAAGGGUCUCUUUUUUUUUUGGGGUUUAUUCUCUUUGUCUCGUGGAGAAUAAGUAUUCAUUUUUUGUUCUGUAAGUAGAUUGAAGUAAAGGGAAGACAGAGCUCUAGUCCUAGUCACAGGAGGGGAAGAGAGAAAACUGAAAAGGAAAGAAAUUAUUGUAUACCAUUCAUAUAGAGAAGAGUUCUUUGCACAUUACAGAUUUGUGGACAUAUGUUGAUUCUUAUGCUAUAUACGGAGCUUUACCUUUUUCCUUAC